CCAUAUACAAAGUCCAAAUCGAUGCUUCAAGAAUCGCCAUGGCCGACGGAAGUCCGGAGAGCGUCAACCAAACUCCGCACAAAUUCUUCAACUUUUGCAUCAGGAAAGAAGGAAGAAAUCGUUCUCUCCCUAAUCGCUUCGUGGUUGUCUUCCAUCAGAUACCUCUAAUCUUGAUUGAUCUUUACUUCUUCUGUAAUCGUUCCCAUGGCGUUCUUUAUUUGUCGCAGGGUUUUGAUUUCUUUUCUUGUUUUGCUUCGAAAUCUUUCACCCUUGUUGAACCGAAAAGCUCGUUUCUUUUUUGCUGUUCUUUCCAUGUUUCGAGGCACAGGCGAUUCCCAUGCUUCGGUUUAGCUUACCGAGAUUAAAGAUCUCUUUGAUCGGGCAAUCUUGAGCCCUUGUAUCCUAAUUUGUCAAGCUUUGGAUAUUCUCCUGGCGUCUGGUUGGCCGAGAUUUUGUUAUGCGCUCGUUCGCUUGAACAUUCUUUAGGCGUUGGUUCAAUGGAAAUUGAGACCAAUCACUUGUCAUGGCUUCUGUUGACCUUUAGUUAGUGUUCCUAUUUGUUGAUGCUGGAUGCUUCCUCGUAAAUCUUGAAGUACUGCUUCGUGGCCUGUAGUCAGCCUUGAAAUCCAAGUCAGAGAUCGGCUAUUUAGAACGAACCCUAGAUAUGGAGGCAAAGUGUCCUGAGUGAUAUAACAUCCGAUUGUUCUUUGUUCAGUUUGCAACUAUACGAAAUAAUGUAUUCUCUCUUUUUAAAGAAACUGAUUAUAUUAAAACCAAAAGAUUUUUUGGUUGACAGUUUUGUAUUGGUUUCAUGAUUCCUUCCCAGAUGGAACCUAGUCAUCGACUCAUUACUAUGUAUGAGAUCAUGCGGCAAUGACUCUUAAUGAUUGUUGUAGUGAUGAAAUAUAUUAUGAAGUUGCAUGUUAAAAAACAUUGUUUCCUGAGUCACCGCAACAUUUGAUGAAUACCGAGUUUCUUUCAUGGAUUACAUUUAUUGUAUUUAAAAGCAUUGUUUUGAUUUAGUUAUAUAGUUUUUUAUGAUCCAGGAUCUCAUAAAAAAAUGCUCCCAUCCUGCCCUUUUUGUCAUAUAAGCGUUCCUUCAGCAGAGUUGGAGAGGCAUGCGAACAAUCAUUUUGUGGAGGAUGAACUUGAAAGCGACAUGGAAUUGGCUAUGCAAAUUGCACUAGCACCCCCAAGUCCUGAAUUAAUGGAUGAAACAACAAACGAUAGAGACCAGUAUGCUGCCCGUUCAGAAAGAUCUCCAGGACAGCAUGAUUCAGACUUCAAUCAUAAUCUUCCUAAUUCUAGGAAAGUUGAUGAUCAAGAAACGUCUUUGCUGAUUGGUUCACAAAUUAAAAGCCCCUUUUAUAAUGUCCAAGGUGGUCUCAUGGCCUUGAUUAGGCGAUGCUUGGAGUUAGAAAAUGGCAACGCAAUAACUAUUGUUUCUGGUCAUGUCGAUCACUACCAGAGUAAUGAAUCAGAAGAUAUUGGUUGGGGAUGUGGAUGGCGAAACAUUCAAAUGUUGAGUUCUCAUUUGUUGGGCCAAAGGCCAGAUGCAAGAGAUGCUAUGUUUGGUGGGUCAGGAUUUGUCCCUGAUAUUUUAUCACUUCAGAGGUGGCUGGAAGUUGCCUGGAAAAGAGGUUUUGAUACUUAUGGAUUUGAUUCUUUUGGUCAAAAGAUUUAUGGCUCCAAGAAAUGGAUUGGAACUACUGAAUGUGCUACAAUCCUCCGUUCCUUUGGGCUUCGAGCAAGAAUUGUAGAUUUUGACAGUAUGACUUCUAAACAGCCACUAAACCAUAGGAAUCCUGGAUGCAAAUUGGCUGGAAAACAGAGUCAUGGGCCAAUGGAUAAGUUUCUGCAGCGCACAAUGAAUGAAGAUUCUCAAGUAGGUCCAUCAGCCUGUGAUAAACACUUACCAGAAAAAGACUGUCAUCAUCAAGGCAAAAACCAAGGAAAAAUCUAUGGUCCGCAAGUCCUUGUUGAUUGGGUAUGGAAAUACUUUGCCUGUGAAUUCGAUAGCAGACUGGACGCUUCCAAGUCUGUUCUCAUCAGUGAGAAAACGCCCUUGUACCUCCAGCAUGAUGGACAUUCACGAACCAUUGUAGGGAUUCAAAUGCAAAAGGGAAAAUGUGCAUCAGAUCAUCAUUACUCGUUAUUGGUUUUAGACCCUGCUCAUAGAACAGCUGCCUUGGAAAGGUCUCUUGCCGAUAAUAAUGGCUGGCAGAAGCUGAUCAAAAGAGGAACCCACACACUGAAAAAGCCCCAAUAUCAGUUAUGUUAUGUUGAUCCUGGGAUUGCCCAUGGAGUGGAGAUGGAGCAGCUCAAGAUUAUUGACAGCAUAUUAGUUGAACUAUAAGAAAUCAGUGAAGGAAGGGGUGGAUGAGAUGAUCAAGUUGUUGGCCAACGAGCCCUCCGUGGGGCUUUUCUUUGUCGAACAGCACGCCCAAACCUCCAUGCCCUACCUCCUCGGCCUCAAGGUAUGUGUGUCUUCGUCUCCGCCACUACUUCCUCCAACCAUAAUCUGAAAUUUUCUGGCAUUAGCAAAUUGGAUUUCCUAGAAAACAAUGUUGUUGAAGGACGGGGAAUUGAGCCGGGUUAUUCCUUUCUUGAUUAGGUUUUCUUGAUUCCUACACCUAAAUGUUCAAAAAGGAGUUGUCAUGAUGUGCUUAGACAGAACGAUUACCAUAACAUUAUCGCAAGCUUUAGCUUGCAUGGCGAGGAUGUUUGGCAGUUGAAUCUUUUCGUUUUCAUUGUUCAUCUAUUGCAUUAUAUUUUUUCUCCAAGGUUUGGUGUGUGGUGCAGCUACUUAUCUUGCACUGAAUUCAUCAUUCUUUGAUCUGUGUUACUUCCUAGAACACUUUCUACGAGCAACAAAGUCAUAACAUCCUAGCCCAAAAUGAUUUCAGGUUUGUCCCUCGUGGGAUUGCUUAGAAGUUACUCUUUGGAGAUCUAUGUUGUGGAAGACAAUAAUUUGUUAGUGUUUUUUUUUUAGAGAAAGGAAAUUUAUGGAGGAAGACCUUCCAUCAUUGGAAUGGAACAGUAUAUUUAAUGAUGGUUUUUUGGCAUAGUAAGUGUCGUCCUCGUCUUCUUCUUUCUUUCUCUUCCUCAUAUGCUGUAUUGUUUUUUAUAUGUCAUUUAUUUCUUUCACCUUUAGUUGAAAAGUUUUGGGGACUGAAAAAUGUACACAGUUGUACUACUUAAAGCUCUUCUAGAGGAGACAAAGAUAGAACCUAUUCUGCAGAACAGGAUAGAUAACCAAGUGGCAAAAUCUGUCUUUGUUAACUUCAUGGCUUGUCAGUCAUGUGAUGUUACUUUUGAAAAAGCAGCAAGGUGGCAGAACCACUUGUUUGCUCAUAUUCAAAUUUUUUAUCCCCAAUCGGCCAAAUGUUGCAUUUUGUAUUCAAUUUGUUUGUAAUGAGUAGUUGAUUACUUGUAGGGAGGAGUCCAUCUAUAAGCAGGCAAACCAUAUUAUAAGAUUGUUUUUACUGUAAUGACUCUGGACAAGGAAUCAUUACAUGCUUUAUUUAAGGUCUAACCUUCCUGCUUUAAAGUAGGACAAGUCUUCCUACAGGCUUAUUCAUUUUUGUUGUUAUCUGUAACAAAUUAAAUAACCAUUUAUUUGUCAUCUUAUAGAAUUUAUUCUGUUUUUCACGUUCUCAGAGAUGAAUAUUUAUCUACAUUAACUUUGUUAUAUUUUGGAUAUUGAGAAAUCUCAACCACUAACCUUUUGGGUAUUGAAUAUAACUUUCUU